AAUUGUUUUUAAUUGAUUUUUUGUAAAAAAAAAGAGCUUUUCAAUUUAACAGCUGGCUCUUGAUAUGGAGCGGUUGCGCUCGAUGUAAAAAAAACAAUCAGUAUUAAAUAGGUUAUUGGUUUGGUUCUUCAUUGUUAUCAGUGAAGUCUUCUAAAGUCUUAAGUGCAGAUAGAUAAUUUUCUAUUUCCAACAACAAGUCAUUCAAAUCCCACUUUAAUGUUACGAACAAUUUUAUUAAAAACCAAAAUGUCGAACUUUGGACUUCCACAAAGAAGUAUAUCAUCCCUUAUUCAGUCGAAGGGAUUCAUCAAUGGGUCUUGGGUUGACUCUUCCAACAGUGAGACAUUUGCUGUAACAAAUCCGGCCAAUGGUAAGGUUAUUGGCAAUGUUCCAAAUAUGACAGCAGAUGAUGCAGUAAAGGCUGUAGCAGCAGCAAAGAAGGCACUUCACGCUCCUGAAUGGGCUGGUCUCACUGCAAAGCAACGGUCGGUAAUGUUGAAGUGUUGGUAUAAUCUCAUCGAGCAAAAUCGAGAUGAAAUUGCGAAAAUUAUGACUGCCGAAUCCGGGAAACCAAUCAACGAGUCACUGGGUGAGGUGACCUAUGGCAACUCAUUCAUCGAAUGGUUUGCAGAAGAAGCACGCCGAAUCAAUGGAGAAGUGAUCCCAUCACCGACACCCAAUCGGGAAUUGAUAGUUUUGAAGCAGCCACUUGGUGUAGCGGCAUUGAUUACUCCCUGGAACUUCCCGCUGGCUAUGAUUACCAGAAAAGCGGGAGCAGCAUUAGCUGCUGGGUGCACUGUUGUAAUAAAGCCGGCUGAGGACACGCCACUCACUUGUCUGGCGGUUGCAAAACUUUCUGUAGACGCUGGCAUUCCAAAUGGGGUUAUUAACGUCGUUACGACCAACAAGUCUGCCCCUGUGGGCAAUGUUCUCUGCACGAGCCCUGAUGUAGCUGGGAUAUCUUUUACAGGUUCCACAGAUGUUGGCAAGUUGCUUUACAGAAAUUGUGCCGAUGGAGUGAAGAGAAUCUCUCUUGAACUAGGCGGCAAUGCUCCGUUUAUAGUCUUCGAUUCGGCAAACAUAGAAAAGGCAGUUGACGGAGCUAUAGCUUCGAAAUUCCGUAACUGUGGUCAGACUUGUGUGUCGGCAAACCGAUUCUUUGUGCAGGAAGGUGUUUAUGAUAAAUUCAUAGAGCUACUGAAAACAAAAGUAGCAGCUCUGAAAAUCGGCUCCGGUGAUGGACCAGAUGUUCAGAUUGGUCCUCUAAUUAACAAAGCACAGUUUUUGAAAAUCAGCUCAUUCGUGGAUGAUGCCAAAAAACUAAAUGCCACAAUAAUUGCAGGGGCUAAACCUCGCCCUGAUAUUGGUGAACUAUUUUAUGAACCAACUAUUAUCACCGAUGUCAAACCACCCAUGAAACUAUACACUGACGAGGUCUUUGGACCUGUUUUGUCAAUAAUCAAGUUCAAAGAAGAAGAGGAAGCUAUUUCCAGAGCCAAUGAUACUAAUAGUGGUCUUGCUGGUUAUUUCUACAGUGAAAAUGUUCAGCAAAUAUUUAGGGUGGCCCGGAAAUUGGAAGUUGGAAUGAUUGGCAUCAAUGAGGGUAUCAUUUCCACAGCCGAAGCACCGUUUGGUGGUGUCAAGCAAUCGGGUAUUGGUCGUGAAGGUUCUCAUUAUGGAAUCGAUGAAUAUGUUGAGGUUAAGUAUCUUUGUUUGGGAAAUUUGAAGAAUUAAAACAAAUUACAAAAUAAUGAUUCCACAUUGAAUUUAAUGCACACGACAUCUGCGAUAGUACACAGUCUUCCAUAAAAUAAUAUAGUAGUAAAACAAAAAACGCAUAAAUGCAAUGGAUGUUUCUUUAUUGGCUUAAGAUUAAAAAGGAGAAAAAAACAGACUAGUUUAAUUUAGCUAAAUAUUAUUUGUCAUUAUUAUUAUUGAAUAUACAUAAGUUGUUAUAUUUUCUGUUAAUAAAAUAAAUAUCUGAAAAAUA